AUGGGAAGGUCGCCCAUUAGCUUGUUCACUGGCGGUUAUCCACUGGCGGGGCUGAGUAGAAAGCCCAGUGCCGGAGCAGGUCUACGCCAGACUAAGACGAGGCCGACGACGCGGCGAGUGUCGACCACGAAGCCUCAAAUUCUGGCUUCACACGUUGUGAGCGGGCUGUGGCUUGCCGACCUACCCGUCGAGCUGCCGUUUUUGAUAUACGCGUCGUUUUUGAUUCGUGGCUCUCUGCCCCGCGGCAGCCUUAGGAGUCGCCAGUCCGGCUCCGUCUCGCCCUGGGCCGGCUCCGUGCAGGAAGGCAGCGGCUGGACCUUUGUGACGGGCACCUCGGUGGUGCCGUCGGUGUACAACCAGGGCAACGCCGGCGCGGCGACGUGGGUGGGCAUCGACGGCGAGAACUGCGGCAAUGCCAUCAUCCAGACGGGUUUCACCAACUGGGGCGACGGCGCGGUCGAGACGUGGUACGAGUGGUGGCCCAAACCGAGCUACACGUACAGCGGCGUCAGCGCCAGGGCCGGCGACACGAUCCGCAUGAGCGUCUGGGCUUACGGCACCCGCAACGGCAAGGUGCUGCUGGAGAACCUGACCAGCGGCCAGUAUGACUAUCGGACGUUCAGCAACAUGAAUGCGCAGCUGUGCCUGACUGAUGCCGAGUGGAUCGUCGAGCAGUUUACCGACACGAGCAGCGGCAACCACGUCUACCUGGCCGACUUUGGCACGAUUGACAUUACAAGCACCCAGGCUAAAGGAAACCGCGGGACUGUCGGUGCGGAUGGUGGCAACAUUGUCGAGAUUUACGAUGGGAAUGAGCAAAUGACCAGCUGCGGCACCAACCAGUACGGUGUUGAGUGCCGCCACAUUGGCUGA